CUCGAAUGUCAACAGCCUUUCCGGCAAAACAAUUUCGUCCGCUUCGGGCACCUCUAAGUCUGGCGGGACAUCUUACGCAUACAGCGAUGCCAAAACUGGUCGUAAGAAGUCCCCUAAAGGGUUAAAGUUUCCCGAAGUACCUCCGAACUAUAUGGGACUGCCCCCCGGCAUCAAGCCCGGUCGUGCAGAUAGAAAAUUGCAAGGAUUUCCGAGCGCGGAUCCGACCUUGUUGCUACCUGAACAAGCAGGUACUGUGAGCGAGGAGCCUAAUUUUUCAACGGAGCGGCUCAAAAGCCGGGUGGAGCCGAACCCAAUCAACUUGCUGCCACUCGGACGACGUUCUACACCCCAGUCUUCGUCGAAUCCGAAGAAAAAGCCCGAUUUAAGGACACGGGAAAUAUCGCAGCCGCCUAAUAAUAUCUUUCCAGGCCUGCCUCACCCAGGAACAAGCUACCUCACUGAUGGGAUCAAAGUCGAGAAGCGUGCGUUCGAAAAGUAUGUGCGUCGAGAUGGUGAGCUCUACAAGCGUGGACUGUGCUCCAGUCAGCAGGAGGGCACCGCCGGCUUAGGGGCGGGGCAGGGCUGUUGGAGCAAGACUUCCAGUAGAAUCGCUAUGAUCCACGAAGGCAAAAGAGAGGAAGCGGAAUCUCUUAGCAAUGAGCAGCUCUUCGUGCUCACCAGAGACGAGACGUCAGAUGAAGAGCCGCAAGAGCGCGACGAUGAGCAUCUUGGUGUCGUUGAACUCUUCAAUACGAAGCGAGGCAAAGUCGUCUUCCUCGAGCAUGUCGACAUAAUAGAUCGACUCAUCGCCGAGGAGUUAGAGCAGCUAAUCGAGAGGCACCUUUCGGAUCUGAUCGUUUCGUCUGCAUUGGCCGAGCUCAAAGCUGCUGCAACACGCGAUGAAAUCACUUUGGCCGACAAUCUGGCAAGUCUCAUUGACACGACAUCGAACCAUGGAAAGACAAUCUUCAAGCGCCAUGUCGAAGAGACUGAGGAGAUUCAAGCAAAGCGAGAGCUGAUUGGCGACGUUCUAACUGAUCCGACGUCCGCUGGCACCGAGAUUUUCCAGAAAAGGGCCUUUUUCACGCAGUCGAGCCACGUCACAAAACUCAAGUGCCUUGGCGCCCUUUGUCUCCGCGAGGACAAGAGUGACAACAAGUAAGAAGACACCAUCCUCCCGGCCCGCUACACCCACGGCAACCGGUCACACCCUAGACAGAGCACACCA